AGGGACAGGUGAAAAUUUCAACACAAACGAACCUAACACGAAUUUUAAGUUUUAUUCACGGUAACGACAAAGGCAGUUUACAUCGAUUAAUUAGUACAAAAUUCUUAUUUCUGUGUAUUUAUAAGUGAAUGACUAUCUUAAGUUGAAGAAGAGGGACUGCAAUUAACGAAUUAUGCCUAUUACUUACGUUGGUCGAAGCACAAAUUGUGUAGGAAAACCUCUUUUUCAUAUUCUUUUGAAUCUUAAGAAUUAUGGAAUUGGAAGAAUGUUCAUUAGAGGGUCCUUGAAACGUUACGCGGAACCUACUUACUAUAUAAUCAGAAGAGUACAUCCAAUAAUGGAUGAAGUAAGUAUAUUGUUUAAAGAAAAUUUUGAGACGCAAUUAAUUAUGAAAAUUUCUUCAUCCUCAGGAAGAAAAGUUCCCGGAUUGCAACGCAUGCAUUGCAGUUACAAAGCCGAUUGGCAACUGAUUCCGAGGGACGAAGAGGAGAAGUAUUACUCGCAGCCCGUGGAGGAAGUUCCCGUAAGAGUCAGACCCAAAUAUAAACUGUUGCCUCCCGUGAUGGAGAUGUCACUGAGACAGCAGAUGCAGAUGAAAGGUAAAAAGGUAGAGGACGAACUGAAAAUGGAAAUGGUAUACAAAGAAGAUAUCCGGUUUUACAGGGUGGAAACAGUGGAAGAGAGGCCCCUGCCGUCGUCUUACGCGUCUAGUUUAAAACCUGAGUUUCUAGUUGGGAUUAAAAACAUAGAGAAGUGAGAAAAACAUUUACUAUAAAUGGUAGAUAUGUAUUGCCAUCAUACAAAGUUGUAAAUAAAACACAGAUUUUGAAUUA